AUGCCUCUCGGAACUCAAACGCUGUCUAAACUUCAAGAUACAGUCAACAAAGCCUGUAGCGACCCCAAAAAUGAUAUCCCUGGUGCUACGGUUGUAGUCAUUGACAAAAAUGGCGAAGAAUUGUUUGCACACUCAGCUGGUCAGCGCGGCUUGGCAUCAGAUGAGCCAAUGACUCUAGACACAGUGUUUUGGAUGGCAUCUUGUACCAAGUUACUAACCGGAAUUGCUUGCAUGCAACUUGUGGAGCAAGGGAACCUGAAGCUGGAUGAUGGCGAGCAUCUUGAAAAUGUUCUUCAUGAGCUGAAAGACAUGAAAGUGUUGCGUGAAGAUGGAGCUUUGGAAGCCAAAAACAAGAAAAUUACCCUUCGAAUGCUUUUGACUCAUACUUCUGGAUUUGGCUACACUUUCUUUAACGAACGGCUCAGAAAUUGGACUUUUCCAGCUGGGGUAGAAGAGUUUUCCGGACGGAUUGAAGAUAUUACCUCUCUUCCUUUGCUAUUUCAGCCUGGAGAAGGAUGGGAAUACGGUACGGGCAUCGACUGGGCCGGAAUAGCAGUCGAACGCAUUACCAAACUUAGUCUUAACGCAUAUCUGCAGAAGCAUGUAUUCCAGCCUCUCGGUAUCAAAGAUAUGUCCAUGAUCCCAGAUAAAGACAUGCGAAAUCGUCUUGCACAUAUGCACUCUAGAGAUGCAGAUGGAAAAAUACGACCACGAGAUCAUCUGAAUCGAAUCCCGUUAGUCGUCAAUCCAGAUGACGAGUCCGAGACACGCCGAGUGUUUAACAGCGGUGGCGCUGGCAUGUUUGCAAAGCCCCAGGAAUACUGCAAGGUAUUGGCAGUGUUAUUGAACGACGGCACUUGCCCUCGCACUGGAAGCCAAAUAUUGCGCAAAGAUACUGUGGAAGAGAUGUUCCGUAAUCAGAUUCCACAGUUCCCGAACUUCAGUCGUCAAAGUAUUCCCGCUGCUAAACCAGAACUAACCAAUUCUACUGACGAGCUGUAUGCUGUGCAAGGAGGUGCACCACAGGGAUGGGGUUUAACUUUCAUGAUGGCGAAUAGCACCGGCACUGGAAGGUCUAAAGCAACAGUUCACUGGGCUGGACUGGCAAACUUGUGGUGGUGGUGUGAUCGUGAAAAGGGCGUGGCUGGGAUGGUUUGCACCCAGAUCCUUCCCUUUGGAGAUGCCAAGGUUGUUGGAUUGUGGGCUGCUGUAGAGGCUCAAGUAUAUAAAGCUCUGGAGUGA